AUGUCGUCUCUCAAGCCACAAGAAAAGUACAUUGCCCUCGUCGAGGCCGGGGGCAAACCCGAUCCAGCUACAAUAGAGUCCAUCUUUACACAACUUUCUCCUAUCAAACCCGACCAGAUGCUCGGCGACUGGAAUCAUGGCGGAUUCUUUGAGAACGGACACCCAGUGAGUCCGCAGCUGCUGGAGAUCAAGUGGACCGGAAAGUCUUUCAAAUCUGUCGAGGAUGUCGACUCUGUCAUUAUCAUUGAGGAUGGAAAGAGAACCAGCUGGGGGCAAUGGAACAACUUAUAA